GGCUGCUGCUAGGUUCGUGAUAGAAUUACAGGGGUAAUGUAAUCCCAAAUUAUCACCCAAAAUAACAACAUUAAGAUUUUACCGAUGCGAUCCUUCUAUUACGUAUUCAUCGUCGCUACGUCGUGAAAGCAACACGAGUCUGAAUCUGCCUAGUAGAGGAACAAGUACUCCUGAAACAGUUGACUUGUAUGUAACUGUCUAGCGGGGGUUAUUUUUUGGCGCUGUAAUUGUUUCAACAGCUAUUUAAAGCUGUUACUGUUAAGAUAAGAUUCGAAACAGCGGAUCAAGUCUGAGCUGUGUUGAACUUUUUACAUAUUUGACUUUUCGGAGCGUUUUUUUAUCGAUCCCGUCAUGGAGUACAAGGUGGAGGCGCACCGGAUCAUGAGCAUCUCUUUGGGGAAAAUCUACAACUCUCGAGUCCAGCGCGGAGGCAUCAAGCUGCACAAAAAUCUUCUGGUGUCUUUGGUCCUCCGGAGCGCCCGCCAGGUUUACCUGAGUGACUAUUACAGCGGAGUGUGUCUGAACUCCCAGCACGGAGAGAGCAGAGAGUGGGAGCUGGCGGACGGAGCGCAGGAGAAGGAGUGUGAGCGGCCCGAGCAGCCCGAGAGCGCCGGCUGUGCCCAGAGCCAGUCACAGGUUGAGGCUCCACUCGACUCUAACGCUAAUGAUACAGCUGAUGUUUCUCCGCCAUCGACAGAGACCCCCGUGGUUAGUAGUGGAACUCAGUGUGAAUCUAAACCGACCCAGGUGGACACUUCGGACCGUGAAACGCUAACGGAAGGGAGUUCAGAACAGCUUCCUAAACCCGGCCCCUGUUCACACAGGAAACGGAGCGCCGAUAAGACCCCAGCCAGCACUGCUUCUCCUUUAAAACGGACUAAAACUGCCACCUCGGAUCAGGAGGAAAGUGAGGAGAUGGAAACAAGCAACGUGUCGAACCUCAUCACCAUUUUCGGGUCUAGUUUUUCUGGACUUUUAAGCAAAGACAACGCGAAAGAGGAGACCCAGGAAGAGGCCGAGGACUCGGGCCAAAUCUGCUGUGACCAAAUGCUAAAGAAUCUCAAUCCAUGGAGCACAGCCAUCGUCGCGUUUUAGGGGAAAACACGUUUAAGACUUUACAGAAGUGUUCACACGUGGUGGUUUCUGCCGUAUUUCUGGGUUACUCUAAAACACGUGGUUACGGGGAUCUCCCCGCCACACGCGCGGUGCUAUCGAGUAAAAGCCCGGCUACAGUGUUUUCACCACGGCCCAGUCCCAAAUCGGCUUCUAUUUAGUGCACUAUAUGCUAAUUAUGCCAUACACUAUGUGCUGUUCUCAUAAGGGGACUAAAAAGCCAUUUGGAACGCGGCCCGUGUUGUACAGCCGAGGAAUGUUAACGUGUUGGUGCUACUACAGAGAAUUACACCGUCAAAGGAAAUGACGUCAUUGAGCGGAAUUAAACUUUUCAACAGUUGUGGACUCAGUUAAGUUUAACCAGCCAUCAGAAGAUCACGAUGGAUCUUCACAAUAGACGCUUUUUUGUGUGAAGUGUUAUGCUCAUGAUUACAUUUAUAAAGAUAAAAAUGUUACACUGUUGUAAGAACUGCCUACAAACCAAGAGUCUGCAAGACUGAGGCCACUGGUUUUCCUCCAGAUGUCUUUGUUUUAUAAAGACUUGUACAUUUGUAACAUUGUUCCUGUACAUAUUGUUUUUGAUGUUGUAUUAUGAAUCGAUGUAUUUUGGUAUUUACUAUUCUGACUAUUACGUGAUGGUCACGUAUUAAAAAUGUGAAAGUA